AUGAGUAUCAUAACUGAAAUCCAAGGCGAUCUCUUCGAUGCACCGGAGGGUGCAGCUUUAAUUCACGCGUGUAACUGCCAGGGGUCCUGGGGGAAGGGGAUCGCGGCGACUUUUAAGGAGAAGUACCCCGCUGCCUACCGAAUCUUCCGCUCCCACUGCCAGCAAUAUCUCUCCCACCCUCAGACAUGGACGCAGACGCAGACAAGCCGCCAGCAGUCACGCGCCUUCAAGUUGCCCGAGGGGACGGCGUUAAUAAUUCCACCGCAGCCAGCGGACUACCAGCCACAGCCACAGCCACAGUCCCAAACAGCACCGCUAUCAAAUUGCGGGCGCGGACGUGGACGUGGACGUGGACGAGCUGGCGGCGGGGCGCUACACAACUCCAGGGAACUGACGGCACUGUCGAGACCAGCAGGGAAGAAGCAUUGGAUCAUCUGCCUAUUUACAUCGUGGCACUAUGGGCGGUGGAGUCGGAGCCCGCCCGAUAUCAUUCUCGAAAAUACGAUGUCAGCCAUGGCGGAUUUGAAAAGGCAGAUUGCCGCUGCUGCCGCUGCGAGUUCUACUACUUCUCCUGCCACCACCACCACCACCACCACAGCGCUGGCUGCGACUGGAGGUUGUGAAGAAGAACAGCUCGGCGAAUUAUGGGGAUGCAGAUUGAAUGCGGGUCUUUUUGAGGUGCCGUGGGAGCGGACAAAGGCGGUUCUCGAAGAGGCAGGAUUGGCGGUGACGAUUGUUCAGCCGCCGGGGAGUGGAUAUGAAUGA